AUGAACCUGCCGACCAGGGAGCGGUGUGAGGACUGGAGUUCAGCUCAGGUGGCCAGCUUACUGUGCCAGGUGAGUGGGAGGAGAAAUUAUCUCUGUGGUAUCCCAAAGGAACUGUGUGUGUGUUUAUUUUGGGAAGGUACUCCUAGUUACACCAAUGAGUAAAGAACAACCACAUUAUUGUAUGCAACUGAAUUAAUUCACCAAACCACAGCAAAUGAUGUGUUAAUCAUUAGGAUGUAUGUCAUACUGCUUUCAGAAUCAAAUGCACGAAUGUGCUGCAACUGUUAAAAGAAUGAGGAUUGAUGGGCAGAGGUUUAUGGUAAGUUAUUUUUUUAUACACUCUCUCAAUAUUACCUGAAUACUACUACCAAUACUACCACAACAUUUUAUCACCAAACCACAACAAACACACAUAAUUUGAUAUCAAAAGGUACAUAAUAACUUUUGGCUUAUGGACAAAUUCAGUUUGGUUUUCUAAUGAUGUGAGAGCAGACAAUGGACAUGGACUCUAAAUUCCCUUCCAAUUCGUACAGCAAUUAUGGCCUUGAACGGAGUGCAAUAAUUACAAUUUCCUAAUGCUACUUUCAGCCAUAGAUUGCUGAAAUUAGUGGACCUUAUUUAUCCAUUUUCACUAAAUCCUUGUUAAUUAACUGGUAUUGUUCAUUUAGGGGAGACAAAAUCUGACAGGUUUUCAACAUCGUUGGUAAACAUGAGAUUUGCAAGACAAAAACGUCCAAUCCUUUCGAAAUGCAUAACGGCCAUAUUGGAAUUCCCAGCAGUAUGCUGAGCAUAUGAGACAGGGUAAAGCAAUAGUCAAAAGUUGACAGUCUGUGGAAAGUUUACAGGAAGUGACCCAUUAUUAGUUUAAAAAAAUCUCCACCUUUACUUCCCAGAAUGACAUAAAUAGUGAGGCCUCAAAUUAACUUCCACUUUGAGAAUGCCACAGCACUACAGUAUUUAGUAACAUUGUGGGACAUUCCCCCCAUUUCUAACCACAUUAACAGACGAUUGUAUUGUACAAACAUUUCUUGCUAUAUGCUAUCGCUAGUCCCAUCAAACACUGUGCUUUAUAGCCUACAUUGAGUGAACACAAACGCCAGAGUCUGGUUACCAUUAUAAUUGAGCUAUUUAUAAAUAUUGACCAUUUGGGCUUUUGUUUGGUAUCACCAACUAGGCCUACUCACCACUGCUGUUGAACAAGGUUCUAGGUAGGCCUCUUUAUUUGGUUUCACCUGUGUUUUCAUUUUAUAUGAGAAACGCUAAUGUUAAUACAAUAAUGUCUUUGUUUUCAUUAACAAGUUAAGUAUUGGCUAUUGUAAUGUAAAGUGUGCAAUACCGUUAAAGUGUAGCCUAUUUCCGCUGCUAGUUAAGGAUUUACCUGUUUAAAUGUGUGAAUGAUUUAUUCAUGUGCUCUGCAUUCUGGGAGAGCUGCUUGUCUAGGUAACAUGCUGAAAACUCAUACGUCAUGGCAAUGACUAAGGAGUUCUUGUCAUCUAAGGAUUUUGUUAUGUGAGCUUUACUAUCUAGUUUUCUAUGCAUUAUUCAGUGACUCUGCACAGCUUUCAUUUGGAGGUAGGAUGCCACAGCCAUACUACGUAUGAGGGAUUUUGACAAGCUGAACAUUUACUUUCAAGUUGUCCAUCCAUGUCUCCAAGCUAGUUUUAACUCCCCUAAAUAAGGGCAAUGGGGAUUUCAAGGUGAAUCAAUCAAAGUCAUGAAUGUUUCAAAGGAUUCACUUUUGAUGUGAGAGUUACCAGACCAGAUCUAAAGCAUGCACAUAGGUCUACAUGUAUUGAUUGAUCUGGCAUUUAUUGAUCUAGUCAGAACACCUGGGAUCAGCUAAGACUCUAGUAACCCCAUUUUUUUUCAAGCUUCAUAGUUUGCAGCACUCUCUGUAAUGCCAACUUGCCAUAUUCAAGCUCUGGAGCUCUGAGGAUGAAACUCAAAAUGAGACAGACAAAUAAUCCCCAAUCACUGCCCUAGUAUCCGUUUUCCCAUUCAGUGUACAGACUAAAAACACUAAACUAGCUUUGGAGCUAGUUUGUGAUCAAGAUGAUUCUCUACUGCUAUUAUGACAAUGGUUCACCCUGUUAUUGUAAACAGUGCAAAUCCAAUCAAAUUACUAUUCGUCAGUGGUGCUGUGAUUGGACCAUGUCAAGUCUGUUAAGUGCACGCUGAGGAACUUGAAGCUUUUGACCCUCUCCAUUGUCGAUGACAAUAGGGGCGUGCUCCCCCUGUUUUAUGUAGUCCACGGUCAGCUCCUUGGUUUUGCUGACAUUGAGGGAGAGGCUGUUUUCCUGGUACCACUCUGCCAGGGUUCUAACCUCCUCCCUUUAGGCUGUCUCGUUGCCGUCGGUGAUCAGGCCCUUGAUAUGGUAAUAAAAUAACAUGACAAAUACAUGUUGUUUUCCAUGUUACACCUGCAAUUUUAAACAAUAUAACGGAAUUGAAGUAGUAUUCUACUUGAACUUGAAUCUCAGAAUUUCAAGUAGGCUCAUGGAAUAGGCCUACCUAGAAAAUCAGACAUUUUCUCAAUUUCCUUGUAAUUAGUGUAGCCUAUUUAUACAUUCUCCUGCUCCCUUACAGUUAUGUUUGAUUUCAUUUUUGAUCCGUUUUUGUGAGAGAUGUGGCCACUUUCAUUUGUUUCCCGGCACUUCAAUUGAAGGGUGUUGCGCUACUCUUGAGGUUAUGAUGCAGAUGCUAAGCUACAGGACUGUUUUGCUAGCACAAACUGGAAUAUGUUCCGAUGGCAUUGAGGAGUACACCACAUCAGUCACUGGCUUCAUCAAUAAGUGCUUCGAUGACGUCGUCCCCACAGUGACCGUACGUACAUACCCCAACCAGAAGCCAUGGAUUACAGGCAACAUCCGCACUGAGCUAAAGGGUAGAGCUGCCGCUUUCAAGGAGCGGGACUCUAACCUGGACGCUUAUAAGAAAUACCGCUAUGCCCUCCGACGAACCAUCAAACAGGCAAAGCAUCAAUACAGGACUAAGAUUGAAUGCUUCUACACCGGCUCCGACACUUGUCGGAUAUAGCAGGGCUUGCAAACUAUUAAGGACAACAAAGGGAAGCAUAGCCGUGAGCUGCCCAGUGACACGAGCCUACCAGACGAGCGAAAUUACUUCUAUGCGUGCUUCGAGGCAAGCAACACUGAAGCAUGCAUGAGAGCACCAGCUGUUCCGGACGACUGUGUGAUCACUCUCCAUAGCUGAUGUGAGUAAGACCUUUAAACAGGUCAACAUUCACAAGGCCACAGGGCUAGAUGGAUUACCAGGACGUGUACUCCGAGCAUGCGCUGACCAACUGGCAAGUGUCUUCACUGACAUUUUCAACCUCUCCCGAGUCUGUAAUACCAACAUGUUUCAAGCAGACCACCAUAGUCCCUGUGCCCAUGAACACCAAGGUAACCUGCCUAAAUGACUACCGACCCGUAGCACUCACGUCUGUAGCCAUGAAGUGCUUUGAAAGGCUGGGCAUGACUCACAUCAACACCAUUAUCCCAGAAACCCUAGACCCACUCCUAUUUGCAUACCGCCCCAACAGAUCCACAGAUGAUGCAAUUUCUAUUGCACUCUACACUGCCCUUUCCCACCUGGACAAAAGGAACACUUACGUGAGAAUGCUAUUCAUUGGCUACAGCUCAGCGUUCAACACCAUAGUGCCCUCAAAGCUCAUCACUAAGCUAAGGACCCUGGGAUUAAACACCUCCCUCUGCAACUGGAUCCUGGACUUCCUGACGGGCCACCCCCAGGUGUUAAGGGUAGGUAACAACACAUCUGCCACACUGAUCCUCAACACGGGGGCCCCUCAGGGGUGCGUUCUCAGUCCCCUCCUGUACUCCCUGUUCACCCAUGACUGCAUGGCCAAGCACGACUCCAACACCAUCAUUAAGUUUGCCGACGACACAACGGUGGUAGGCCUGAUCACCAACAACGAUGAGACAGCCUAUAGGGAGGAGGUCAGAGACCUGGCCGUGUGGUGCCAGGAUAACAACGUGAUCAAGACAAAGGAGAUGAUUGUGGACUACAGGAAAAGGACGGCCGAGCACGCCCCCAUUCUCAUGGACGGGGCUGUAGUGGAGCAGGUUGAGAGCUUCAAGUUCCUUGGUGUCCACAUCACCAACGAACUAUCAUGGUCCAAACACACCAAGACAGUCGUGAAGAGGGUACGACAAUGCCUAUUCCCCUCAGGAGACUGAUAAGAUCCUCAAAAAGUUAUACAGCUGCACCAUCGAGAUCAUCACCACCUGGUAUGGCAACUGCUCGGCCUCCGACCGCAAGGCACUACAGAGGGUAGUGCGUACGGCCCAGUACAUCACUGGGGCCAAGCUUCCUGCCAUCCAGGACCUCUAUACCAGGCGGUGUCAGAGGAAGGCCAUAAAAAUUGCCAAAGACUCCACCAACCCUAUUCAUAGACUGUUCUCUCUGCUACAGCACGGCAAAUGAUACCAGAGCACCAAAUCUAGGUCCAAAAGGCUUCUUAACAGCUUCUACCCACAAGCCAUAAGACUCCUGAACAGCUAAUCAAAUGGCUACCCAGACUAUUUGCAUUGACCCGCUGCUGCUGCUCUCUGUUUAUUAUCUAUAUAUAUUCACUUUACCUCUACCUACAUGUACAUAUUACCUCAAUUACCUCGACUAACCUGUGCCCCCGCACAUUGACUCUGUACCAGUACCCCCUGUAUAUAGCCUCGUUACUGUUAUUUUAUUGUUGCUCUUUAAUUAUUUGUUAUCUUUCUAUUUUUCUUCUUUUUUUGUUAGCAUUUAUUUUUUUUUUACUUCAGUUUAUUUUAGCAAAUACUUUCUUAACACUUAUUUUUCUAAAAACUGCAUUGUUGGUUAAGGGCUUGUAAGUAAGCAUUUCACUGUUGUAUUCGGCGCAUUGUGACAAAUAACAUUUGAUUUGAUUUGAUGUGAUUUAUUAUGAGGACGCCAACAUCUAAUGUUGGCUUCAACUUGGCAUUCAUACAAAUCCUUCCAUUAAAAAAGGAACCUGGUUUUUGCUAACUCUCUCAUUGUAAAACAUCAAUGGUGAGAUUAAUGCCACAGCUAUUCAUGUGUUUAUUAUGUGUGUCAUAGGCUACAGAAAAAUCGCCAUUGCAUGCAUCCAAUCUAUUUAGUCAGGCAAAGGUCCACAUUAUUCACACAUAUUUUAGAAUGUCAUAAUCAUUAAAUAUCAAGGCCUAAAAAAUGCAUUAUUGUUAAAGUGGUAAUGGCCUACUUUUUAUUUGACACUUUUUGCAUGAUGUUUUGGGGGAGUGGGGUUCUAUAUUAGGCCCUGUACUGUAUGCACAAUUAGAUAAAUUAUACAAACAAUUGUAUAACAAUGAGGUCCUUGAAGAUUACAAAUAAGUGCUUGAAAGAUUCCCUGAAAGUCCUUGAAUUUGACUUGCCAAUGUCUGUAUGAACCCAGCUUAAAGGAUGUCUAGUCAGUCCUAGGCCUAUGUUGUUGUAUAGGCGGAGUUAUGGGCCAAUUUGCAUAUAUUCACUUUUAUUCCUCAAAGUACAAUGUUGAACUGCAUAAAACAUGUUUUUGUUUCAAAUUAUUUUGAAAUGUGUAUCCCAAUCUCACACAUUGGUCCCAUUAUUUAUAGAAAGACCCAUGUCCAUGUUGCUAACAGGUUGCUAGGAGCUGUUGAAGAGUGUCAUGCUACACACUUAAAAGAAAAUGGUUCUAUAUAGUUCCAAAUAAGGGUUCUUUGGCUCAUAUUGAUAGCCUAUCCCUUUUUGGUGCUAUAUAGAAACCACUGUAAAGAGGGCAGAGAGGACCUGCGCUUGUCGUGCUGCAUGACCUCUGUGUGUCAGCCUGUGCUGGUGCUGAGGGUGCCUUUAGAUGGAUUUGCAUAUUCAUGUGGUAUUUAUAACCUUAACCAUAAUUUGACAUAUUGACAUGCAGCUCUUAGAAAGUGAGCAGGUCUUUUCUCUCAUGUUUCCCAAAUGACAUAUCAUCAUAUCUCCACAGGCACAACAGAGGGCAGGACGGCAGAGGGUCAGUCUUUCCACACCAUGUGUGGGUAGUAGCGAGUCCUGGAUGGUGUUUGAAGCUGUAGCAGUUCAAAAUGCCUCGCUGUACUUUAUAUGGUGGUGAUGUGGAGUGCCUUACUUCACUCAGCAGAGGGGUAUUUUAGAAUGUGAGGCAUGGGAGAUCUGGUUGGAGAGAAGGCAAGUGUCUUGUAACAGAGGGAGAUAACAACACUAUCAUUGAGGUCUGAGAUCCUCCCGUAUUUCCUUGGCAGAGUGCUAAAUGAAAAAAGUUGAGAUGCUAUGUUGAUUUUAGGGGAUGGCAGGCUGGGUCAGACUGUGGUUCCACCUCUCUCUCUUUCCUCGAGCUGAUUUAGAUUUCAAACAAGUCUUCAGAACCUAGUAGUGGGGACUGCUGGUCUUCAAUAUGCAGGAGUGGUUGCAGGGCAUAGGCCUUUUGUGUUUCAUUCAAACACCGGGAGAAACUUGCCAUAAAUAAUUCAAUCAGGAAGCAGCAUAUGAAAAGGCACUCAGGCGAAAUAUUUGAUAUUUUAUUCAGUGUCAUAAAGGUGGAGACGUUUUUCCUCCUAUAAGCAAGUUAAAUUAUCAAGUGUGCACCUUGAUGUGCGUGGGGGUCUGUGUAGCUCAGUUGGUAGAGCAUGGCGCUUGCAACGCCAGGGUUGUGGGUUCGAUUCCCAUGGGGGGCCUGUAUGAAAAACAAAACAUUUAAAUGUAUGCACUCACUAACUGUAAGUUGCUAAAUGACUAAAAUGUAAAUGUAGGUUUCUCUGUGAGGAAGGUGAUGCCUCUUUCAUAUUAAGUAAUCUGACUGAUUUACAGAUGAUUCAAUCAUGAACCUGCUUACUAAAGUUAAUUAUGCUGAAAAUCAAUUCAACCCAAUACAAGCAAGGGAUAACAAGAAAGGGGAGAGUGUGAGACCAAAGGAGGACCCUGAAGCAAUCAAUUAUGAAUGAAGAGAGAAAUACAUAAUUUAGCAGGAUUUAGAGCAUAUCUUAUAUUUUGUGUAAUUCUACUUUGGAAUUCAGGGCAACUGCUUCCCUUCAAAGAAAACCAUGAAAAUACAAUUUAUUGAGGGACGUGAGUAGACAUUCAGAAAUAUCAUUGUAAUUUUUUUCAAAGGUAACGUCACAAGGCACUGGAAUGAUAUAUUUAGUAAUCAAAUUAGGGACAAAAUAAGAUUGAUUGUAAUCUGCACCAGAUCAAGGGCACACAAGUAGGGCAAUAAAAUAACAAUCAUUGUCAUAUUAAAAGCAGGCUUCAAAGGCUUUUGGCUGUUUUAGCAUCAUGCUGCCAUCUAGUGUACGUUACAAAGUGAUACAUUCCAUAACUGGAGCAACAUUGUAAUGUAAUUACAGGUUGUAAUGUUAUUUAGCAAAACCCAACAUAAGAACCAUUCAAUUACAGUAUGAAACAGACAACUUGUAAAGAACACACAGAUUUGUAAAAAUCUUCUACUUAUCUUGUAUUUUUCUGCUUCUCUUACUUUGACAGAAUCUGUCUGACAGUGACAUGAGCAGGUUCAGCCUCAUCCACCAACCGUGAGUAACUCUCUCUUCUAUUUCUCUCACAUACUACUCUCUCUGUGCUCCUCUCUCGUGUUCUUCCCUCAUGUGAACACAGCAGAUAGCUGAGGCCUUUGAGGUGAGUACCAAGAGAGCACUGCAAAGCAGGUGUGUGUGUGUGUGUGUGUGUGUGUGUGUGUGUGUGUGUGCGCGCACGUGCGUGUGUGCCUCUCUCAACACACGUUUGUCCCUCUGAGGUGAAAAUGUUCAGUCUAUUUUAGUAGGCUAAUACAUUUAUUGUGAACUCUUUCCUUAUGAGUUCCCGUUUUCAUGUGGUUAAACAUAAGCUUUUGCAAUUAGGAAGUUGCAUAAGCAAUUCCAGAAUUGAGCCUCAUACGCGUUCAUGAUUGCCUUGCCUUGUUUCAGUCUUUCUAUUGUUGUUCUAUUGUUUAGUUUGUUUGAUAUCUGAUGAGGAAUCAGAUGGAUUAUUAGGGAGCCAGAGCUUUAGAGGUAAAUGUAAAAUGGGCUCCCCUACUGAUUAGGAUCUACUAGUGUUGAAAUAAUGUAGUUAAUAUUGUCAAUACACUUCCUGGAAAACUAACCACAGCUCUAGAGAUAGCUACUCUACUGAAUAAGAAACAUGAGUCAACUGACAAGGUAUGUAAAUCAUAAACAGAAACCGUACUUGCUUAGGAUUAACAAUAGUGUACUAUAGGCUAUGUCUAAUUUCUGCUCAUAUGGGUAGGCUUGUGGCUAGUGGGUAGGCUUGUAUAAGAGGUCACGAACAGGUUCAAUGUUCAUAUUAUCACACAUUUGACAGAACACAUUACCCCACAAACAGAAACAGAACAGUCUAACAAUUCAACCCCCUGAAAAUAGGAACAUGAGCUAUUUGACUUUUAUCAUUAAUACAGUAGCCUACAGUGCACUGUCAACCCAUGCAAUUUGCAAGUUCAAUCACACAUAUGUUCCACUGUAAAUUGAGCCUAAUACCAUGUAAUAACAAUGCUUAAACCCUGACUAGAACCCUUAUUGAAAAUAUCCCCUAAUGUCCAACAGACUGUAUAUUGUACAGAGAAAGCAUCAGGUAAUCUGUUCAACUUUUGAACAGUGGCUUUGGGGAAUGUUCACUCAGUAUUUUAGCAACCAUUGGGUGUUUCCAUCUCUAGAGUAAUUGCAGUUGGUUCACCGCAGUUCCUUAGAUAAUUCAAAAGACUAAUGUCAGUGAAGGCUCCCCUCUCUGUUUACUGUGCUGGCUGAUCAAAGGAUGUUCACAGCAGGGGGCGAUAUUUCUCUUUAUAAACUGCCAAGUUGUUGUGUGGUGGGAAUGUUAUUGUGUCAGUCCCAAUGACACAGAAAACAGAAUUGUCAUCAUAUUCACUCCCUCCUAUUAUUAACUGUAAGAACAGAUAAGAUAACUAUGUGGGCCCUUGUGGUACUUCAGAUCAGGGGUUCCCAAACUUUUUCACUCAAGCCCCCCCUUCCAGCAUUGGGGAACUCUUGUUGGCGGAGAUAAGAUUUUGCAGGUUUAAAGCUUAUUUCCUGCAAUUUUACAAAUUUUGUCAUGGGGUGCAGUGAACAUUUUGCAGUUUUAAGCCUAAUUGUCUUGCAAUUCUAUACAUUUUGCCAUGUCUAAUGUUUAUUCAUGUGAUAUUUGAGUGACAAACAUUUCAACAAAAUAUAUGGGCUAAAAAAACCUAGCUAAAAAACGUUAGCUGAUAUGGGCUAGUUGAUCUGGACAUUUCUGACAAGUUAUAAAUAGCUCUCUAAGGUAUGCAAUGACUGACAUGAAAAGAGGAAAUCCGAUGAUCCACUACCCAAUUUCGAAAUCGCACCUUGUGCAUUCCCCUAUUACAACUUUCAAAAGUAAGUUGAAAGCCAGCCAUUACAAGUUACAAACUCCCUCCCACACCAGUCUCUAAAUCAGGGGGGUCAAACACACAUCCUGCGGCCCACAAGGGGGUCCAAUCUGGCCCGCGGGUGGUUUGAUUACAUUUUAGAAAAAUAAAACAUUUUGGGGGGGGCGAACCAAAUCAAAAAUGUGUAGAAAUGAUAAUGGACCUACAUUCAUACAGUUUCUUGACUGUGUCCAUAUUGCUCAUAAGGACACAUUUUUGCACAUUUUAACAGUGAGGAAAUACAACACAUUUUCAGUGCGGGCCUCCGGACCUCGUGGAAGACCGAAUGCGGCCCCGGGGGCUAAAUUAGUUUGACACCCCUGCCCUAAAUAAAACCACACUGGGCUAGUAAUAAGCAUAUCAUGACCAACAGUGAGUUCGUAUAGGUCUCACUUAUAGGUAGCCUAAUUCAAGAAAGACAUCAACCUCAAUGUGUUAUCAUCUACUACAGUCUACUGUUUCCAUGUCCAUAAACCCAGGUUAUGUCAGGGCUGGCCCAGCCAAUAAGCGACACAAACGGCCACUAUGGGGCCCCAACCAUUAUUUUAUUUUUUUACUCAGUUGAGAGCUAGAAUAGUAGAAUACAAAAGGUGCCAUUUCUAAAUUUGUUAGUGCAUCAGCAGUUUUCCUCUUGUUAUGUCAUAACUAGGUAAGUUAGUCUAGCCAGCUAUCUUAACCUUGUAGUAAACACGACCGAAUUACUGACUGGGCACACAGGGCAUGUGGGAGAGGGUAAUCCAAAUCUCGCUUAGGGCCCCCAAGCAUUCUGUUCAAAUUGAUCAUGAAGAAGUGAGACAUGUCAAGGACAAAAUAUAAAUGCAUGUUGUACCUGUAACAUGAACUCAUUAAACCUAUCCAUAGUAUCUGAAUAGAGACUUGUUGACAAAUGCAUUUACAGUGUGGUCAAACUCAUGGAGUGGAAAGGAGAAGUGAUUGUUCUUGCAGAGGUGUUAUUUUUUUCCAUGGGCUGUGAUCACUGACUGCUGCAUGACUUGUUCAGUAGAGUAAUUUUAGGCAGGCAGCCAAUGCCGGUGAAUUCAUUCACAACGCAAACACUGAGCUGGAUAGUAGCUAGACGCAGAAGGUGGCCUCUCUGGUCAAUUGCCUCAUUAAGAUAUGGAUACAUUUAACAAGUUCACGGCUCCUGCAACUGGAAAACUUCGGUAAGAGAUACCCAUAUUUAUAUGCUGGGCAAUGUAUUUGUAACACUGGGAAAGAUGUUAACCUUUGUGAUCAGAGCAAAACCAAACCUUUUUCAAUUCUGGCUAUGUUUCAAUGAUGACCUAUUUUCUAUAGAUGACAUAGUGGCAAGUAAAGAAAUGCCUACAGUAAAUAGAUAGUAUAAUUAUAUACACGAAGUGGCAACCAUUUAUAAUACUGUAUAUAUGUUCAAUUUUUUUCUGCCAUGCUCACAAGAAUAGAUUUACCCAACAAUUUUUAUCUCUAGCUUAUUGUAGGCCACAAAAAAAAACAUUUGUAUCCAAUGUUGCAUAUAGAUUAAGUUAAACAGUACAAAUGGGUUUAUUGUUUUUUCUUUAUGAAGGCGCUGGCUGGCUGUUACAUAAAUCAAAAACAGUGCUAGUGAUGCAACAUUUUAAAGGGAGAGGGAAUGUGGUAAGAGAAGACUGACUAAUGUCGAUGUUACUGUAAUUACACGUCUCACACCUGUCUCCCUCAUGCUCUCAAUCUGUAAUUGCAUGCAGGCUACAGUGAGUGAGUGCGUUCUAGUGUGUAUAGGUGUGUACUUUUCUCACAACUACAGUUCAUCUUCACCUCCAAGUGCUAGUCAACAUGGAAAGUUGACUCAAAGGUUUUAUUCCAUGUUGAAGUUGACAUGUUUUCAGUGUUCCGUAGCCGGCAAUAAACUCGGCCAGAUCCAUAUAUUUAGACCACGCUAUAUUCUAGUAUUAACAUACAGUAUGUGUGAGCUGUAACAUUUUGUCUAGCACCUAUUAUUGUUUCCGAAUUGUAUUCAUAGUUAUGUCCUGUAUUGCGUUCAUGAACAUUACAUGGUUUUUGUUUAAUAUGUUAGGAUAACAUUAAUGAGAAGCUUUAAACGUGUCUUCCAGCCAGCUUCAGAAGAUGGUCCAGGAUAUCAAGAAGAAUGAUGGCAGUAUCCUGAACAGGCUGAGAAGGUCAGUCUAUUAAAAUAAAUGUUUGACACACUCCAUACAGAGAGAGCAUUACUCAACACUAUUCUCUGUUACCCACAAGUUAGCAGGGACACCAGUUGUGCCCAUAGUUCAGUAUUUGUAGUUACACUGACUGGAGCGGUAGGCAUUUAUCUGAAAUGCAGUAUAGAGGAAUGAGAGUCCAGCCCACGUUGCAUCUCUAUAGGUGGGAACAAGAACAGAGGUGUGUAUGGCGUUGGAAAUAUGUACAUCUCAGCUCAAUUCAGCUCAGUUCAGCUGAGAGUGCAGUGCACUCACAUGGUAUAAUUGGGGGUUCAAGCAGCGAAGCUGUGAAACCUAUUGUUAUUCUUAGAUAAUUAUUUCCCCCUGACAUGGUCAAAUAACUUAAGCAUAGAUUGGUAACAUAUUUUUCUUAUUAAGCACACAGAAACUAGAGGCCAUGAGUAACUUGGUCAAAAAGAAUGGCACCGAUUGUCCUAUAGGUGGAGCUGUUAUAAGCAGUCUCACUUAAACCCUCAUAUCUGCUGCCCAGUUUGACCUAUACUUGAAACUGUAUGCAAGUGUCUUUCCUCAUGCUGAACAAAUUUGCCUCAAGGAACCAUAAGGUCCAUCAGGAUAGAGCUUCCCCCAUCUUGGACAUUUUUUUAAACUUUUGAAAAACUUCUACUCAUGAACCAUAAGUCUAAAUAACACCAAAUUUGGGGUCAUCUAAGACAUGAUGGACCAUGUUAAGUUUGGCAUUGAAAUUGGCACUUAAAAAAUAAGGAAACUAUGUAAUGGUAAUGCUUAAAAUAAUCAUACAAAAUCUUCUCAUGGACUAAAAGUCAGAUUCACUCCAAAUGUGUUCUUUGGACUCAUCACAAUAGUACGUAAAGAGUUGACAAAAUAAUGUUGAUGCGUUCAAAGAUGGCCACACUAUACCUAAUAUGCUUCUUCUCAUGAACCAUAGGACCAAAUGACACCAAAUGUAGAAUGUAGGCCCAUGGUACAUGUCUUAACUUAGUUUGAGAAAUGCUAAGGGGUUGGUCAAAAGAAGGCUGUGUCAUAAUUGACAAAUCAAAAAUAUUUUUUUGAUUUUAUAUGUCCAUUUAAACCACUGUAAAUCCACUCCACAGUGGCCUAUCAACUUGAAUGGACACUAUCAUGGACGUCCCUAAGAUGAACCACACUGAAUUUGGUAUUGAUAUCUCAAACAACAAGGAAGCUAUUAACAACUAAUUCUUUGCAUAUUUAACGCUAAUGCUCAAAAUCAUCUUCUCGUGAACCAUACAUCAGAUUCAAUCCAGAUGUAGUAUUUAGACUCAUGAUUGCACAUAAAGGAAGAUAGUUCCUACAUGAUAGAGUGCUUGCUUUGUUAUCUAACUGAUAUUGUGUCCUUUCUGUCAUCCUGUGAACCCCGUUCAUUGCUGCUCGCAGCUAUAUUUUCUUCAAUGUUUUUUGUGGUGAAAAUAGGUUAUUCCUCUUUCUUCAACUUUUAGGAAAACAUAAGUAGUCCCUCAAUCUGAAAAUAGACAAGCAGAAAGACAGAUGUCUCUUCUCUCACUUUCCCUUCUUGAAAAGGGACCGUUCACUGGCACAACACUGGAAAGUAUUUAGUGUGAUUGAUGAUGAAUAAAUAACAUAGGUUUCAGAAUGAGCAGGUUGUGAUACUAGACAUAACUGAGAGGGGUACUUUUGAUGUGUAUAAUCACUCUUCAGGCCCAAAGUGUAAGGUCUAAAAGAAGUUACACUCUUGGUCAAGUCCAUUCUUGUUUCUAAAACCUUGACUUUAACUCCUAACUGGUCUUUCUGUACUGCAGAUUUAAAAACAAAUCAGCUCCAAAAGUACCUGUAAGAGACUAUCAAGGUAAGACCUUUCUUCUUGUCUCACAAUGUGGCCCUUGAAGUACUGUAUUUAAUAGUGAGAAUAAUUCGCUUUUGGGGACAGAUUGACCAGGAAUAUUUUGUGGCAAUAUGUUCAGAAUAUGAUUUGGAGUCUAUGAUGCAUCUCUUCCCAAUACUGUAAUUUCCAAUGACUUUGCAUCUCAUAUUUGAUACUUAUCUAUACAGGUGAUGACGUGGAUGGUGAACAAUGGUCUGAAAAUGAGUUUGUGAGUUCAAUCCGCAUGCUUUACUGAUUCUAAAACACUUAAUAUUAUAAUGUUUCUAAAAGAAAUGUGCAUCUGACAUUGUUUUCCACAGUCAUUUGACUUAUGUCAGAAGAUUUACAGUGUUUACACUUCACAUCACACAAAGCUGUGGGGCUGAGCGUCUUAACAAUAUUAUGAUGUUGCAGGAGACUGACACUUAUGAGGACCCUCAAGAGGAGCAGGAUGACAGCUAUGAGCCUCCUCCCAGUCAGAGCGUCUUCACCACUACCUCGUCUGUCUGCGUCCCCAGGGGGGACUACGUAGGUGAGAACUCUUCCACUCUGCCACACACACACUCACACAGUGGUGGAGAAAGUACCCAAAUCUCAUACUUGAGUAAAAGUAAAGAUACCUUAACAAAAACUGACUCAAGUAAAAGUGAAAAUCACCCAGUAAAAUACUACUUGAGUAAAAGUCUAAAGGUAUUUGGUUUUCAAUAUACUUAAGUAUCAAAAGUAAAUGUAGUUGCUAAAAUAGACUUAAGUAUCAAAAGUAAAAGUUAAAAAUUCCUUAUAUUAAGCAAACCAGACGGCACAAAUGCCUUUAUUUACAGAUAGCCAGGGUUACACACCAACACUCAGACAUCAUUUACAAACAAAGCAUUUGUGUUUAGUGAGUCCGCCAGAUCAGAGGCAGUAGGGAUGACCAGGGAUGUUCUCUUGAUAAGUGUGUGAAUUGGACCAUUUGUCCUGCUAAGCAUUCAAAAUGUAACGAGUACUUUUGGGUGUCAAGGAAAAUGUAUAGAGUAAAAAGUCAUUUUCUUUAGGAAUGUAGUGAACUAAAAGUAAAAGUUGUCAAAAAUAUAAAUAGUAAAGUAAAGUACAGAUACCCCAAAAAACGACUUAAGUAGUACUUUAAAGUAUUUUUACUUAAGUACUUUACACUGCACUCACACACAUGCACAACCACACAAAACUACUACAACUCUCUCUCUCACACACACACACACACACACACACACACACACACACACACACACACACACACACAUUCACUACCAGUCAAAAGUUUGGACACACCUACUCAAGGGUUUUUCUUUAUUUUUACUAUUUUUUACAUUGUAGAAUAAUAGUGACGAUAUCAAAACUAUGAAAUAACACAUAUGGAAUCAUGUAGUAACCAAAAAAGUGUUAAACAAAUCAAAAUAUAUUUUAUAUUUGAGAUCCUUCAAAUAACCACCCUUUGCCUUGAUGACAGCUUUGCACACUCCUGGCAUUCUCUCAACCAGCUUCAUUAGGUAGUCACCUGGAAUGCAUUUCCAUUAACAGGUGUGCCUUCUUAAAAGUUAAUUUGUGGAAUUUAUUUCCUUCUCAAUGCGUUUGAGUCAGUUGUGCUAUGACAAGUUUGGGGGGAAGGGGGGGGGGGGGGGGGGGGGGGGUAUACAGAAGAUAGCUCUAUUCGGUAAAAGUCCAUAUUAUGGCAAGAACAGCUCAAAUAAGCAAAGAGAAAUGACAGUCCAUCAUUACUUAAAGCAUGAAGGUCAGUCAAUACGGAACAUUUCAAGAACUUUGAAAGUUUCUUCAAGUGCAGUCGCAAAAACCAUCAAGCGCUAUGAUGAAACUGGCUCUCAUGAGGACCGCCAAAGGAAUGGAAGACCCAGAGUUACCUAUGCUGCAGGAUAAGUUCAUUAGAGUUACCAGAAUCAGAAAUUGCAGCCAAAAUAAAUGCUUCACAGAGUUCAAGUAACAGACACAUCUCAACAUAAACUGUUCAGAGGGGACUGUGUGAAUCAGGCCUUCAUGGUUCGAAUUGCUGCAAAGAAACCACUACUAAAGGACACCAAUAAGAAGAAGAGACCUGCUUGGGCCAAGAAACACAAGAAAUGUACAUUAGACCGGUGGAAAUUUGUCCUUUGGUCUGGAGUCCAAAUUUGAGAUUUUGUGAGACGUCUUUGUGAGACGCGGUGUGGGUGAACGGAUGAUCUCCGCAUGUGUAUUUUCCUCCGUAAAGCAUGGAGGAGGAGGUGUUAUGGUGUGGGGGUGCUUUGCUCAUGACACUGUCUGUGAUUUAUUUUGAAUUCAAGGCACACCUAACCAGCAUGGCUACUACAACAUUCUGCAGCGAUACGCCAUCCCAUCUGGUUUGGGCUUAGUGGAACUAUCAUUUGUUUUUCAACGGGACAAUGACCCAACACACCUCCAGGCUGUGUAAGGGCUAUUUUACCAAGAAGGAGAGUGAUGGAGUGCUGCAUCAGAUGACCUAGCCUCCAUAAUCCCCCAACCUCAACCAAAUUGAGAUGGUUUGGGAUGAGUCGGACUGCAGAGUGAAGGAAAAGCAGCCAACAAGUGCUCAGCAUAUGUGGGAACUCCUUCAAGACUGUUGGAAAUGCAUUCCAGGUGAAGCUGGUUGAGAGAAUGCCAAGAGUGUGCAAAGCUGUCAUCAAGGCAAAGGGUGGCUAUUUGAAGAAUCUCAAAUAUAAAAUAUAUUUUGAUUUGUUUAACACUUCUUUGGUCACUACAUGAUUCCAUAUGUGUUGUUUCAUAGUUUUGACUUCUUCACUAUUAUUCUACAAUGUAAAAAAUAGUAAAAAUAAAGAAAAACCCUUGAAUGAGUAGGUGUGUCCAAACUUUUGACUGGUACUGUACAUACAUACAUACAUACAUACAUACAUACAUACAUACAUACAUACAUACAUACAUACAUACAUACAUACAUACAUACAUACAUACAUACAUACAUACAUACAUACAUACAUACAUACAUACAUACAUACAUACAUACACAAAACUACCCAUCAUGCAGCCAUGCAUGCCAAGGUUUUAGGUAGCAAAUUAAGAAUACCAUGCCUGGCUAUUCAAGACUACUCUAGCCUCUAUCUACAUGUAUCUAUUCGAAAGCAACACAUUUAAUGUAAAAUCUGUUUGUUUAGGACAAAUAUAUAAACCAUACAUUUUCAAAAUUCUUGCAGGAGUGAAAGAAAUUGCUAAGAUAUUGUUUGGCUUGUUGAGAGACCACUCAGAGAUCUUUGUGUUGAUAAAAGCCAAUAGUCAGUGGACUGUGACAGACACAGUGCGCCACAAAGACAGUGUGUUCUUGCGUUAUGCAAAUACUGACGUCCUGUUUCUGAUUCUGCUUCUUUUUCCAGACAGCUGCCAUGGUAGGCCAAACGACCCACCCAGGAAGCCCAUCUACCCACCAAAACCCUCCAGACCAUCACCAUCACUUCCCCCCAAACCCAACCAGCAGGACGACGAUGAAGUACUGUGUAGUAAUAACAAUGAUUCUUGUUGGUUUCUGCUGUCAUGAAAAUAUGUUAUCUGUCAUACAUUUAUGGCAGCAUAUUGACAGAUUCUUUGCCUCGUAUUUUUCAUGACAUUAUAUGAUCUGCUCUCUUUAGGAAGACUACGUCAAACCAGAAAGUGAUGAUGAAGACAACUAUAUAGACCCCACCGAGGAUCCUCCUGCUAGUACGUUAUACCAAUAAAUGAAUCAGACACUGGAAAUAAGACCAAUAUAUAAAGUGCACUAUGUGCGUCAAUUAUAUUAUCUUCAACAUACAGGUGUCAUGAAACCCAUUGCACAUUUUCAUCUGUUGCCAAUCACUGUCAGACAAACCUUACCAAGACACCCCAAUGUCAACAUACAAUACAAAUGUAAACUUCCCUUCAGACCGUCUAAGGCAUGGAAGAGGCAAACCAGUAAAGAGCAGUCCUUCAAUGUCUAAGACUGUGCCAGAGCGCUCAAAUAGCCCAGGUAUGUAACUGCAUCUCAGCAGGAGCACUGAAUAUAUGGAAUUGUUUUGGGGGAUUUAAUAAAUGUAUUGUGCUUAGUGUGGACGACUGGGUUAGAACCCUGCUCUCCUAUAUUCCUAACUUUGAGGCUUAGUCUUUUUUUGUUCUUUUUUUUUUUUUAGAUGUGUAUGAAGUUCCUGACAUGGAGGUGGGUUUGAUAACCAAUGGCUAAUACAUUACAAUUAAUAGUAUAGUUAAUGACUAUGCAAUAACUGUAGGAUUAUGCUUAAUGUGUCCCAUUUUCUCUUUUAUCUUAAGGAAAACUCUCCUCCCCCAGUGAGCAGGUCAGUUCUGGUUCAAGGAUCGUAGCACUUUUCAGACAGGGUCAAAAGGGAUCAACAUUUCCUGUAAGGGAAAUAUCUAAAGAUACACUGAGUUUACCAAACAUUAGGAACGCCUUCCUAAUAUUGAGUUGCACCCCCCUUUUGCCCUCAGAACAGCCUCAAUUCGUCGGGGCAUGGACUCUACAAGGUGUCAAAAGCGUUCCACAGGGAUGCUGGCCCAUGUUGACUCCAAUGCUUCCCACAGAUGUGUCAUGUUGGCUGGAUGUCCUUUGGGUGGUGGACCAUUCUUGAUACACAGGGAAAUUGUUGAGCGUAAAAACCCAGCAGCGUUGCAGUUCUUGAAAAACUGGAUUUAAAAACCCUUCUUUAACCCGUCUCCUCCCCUUCAUCUACACUGACUGAAGUGGAUUUAACAAGUGACAUCCAUAAGGGAUCAUAGCUUUCAGCUGGAUUCCCCUGAUCAGUCUAUGUCAUGGAAAGAGCAGUGUUCUUAAUGUUUUGUAAACUCAGUGUAUAUUCAUUGCUUAAAAUGAUGGAUGAGAUACUAAAAUGACAGUUUUUUCUAACACAUUUUUUAACAGACCUUCCACACUCAAAGUCCCUGCACAGGGUUUGACCCCUAGAGCCAGCCCAAGGUGCUAAUAAUGACUACAACUUAUUCAAGAGACCGGGAAAACUAUUUUAUACAUGAUAACUAUUUAAAGAUAAACUAUUUACUAAACAUGAGGUUGUUUUCUUCAGUUUCAUUGUCACACUUACAUGAAUCAUUUAUAUUUGAUCUUCUCUCUCUAGAAUGCACAUAAAGACAUUUCCACCCAUCCCGGUAAGUGCUACUGUAUCAGAGAGACCCUAGUUUUUGUACCUGACCACAAAUAGCUUAUUUGAUGAGAUAAUAAUAGAAAAGUAAAGAAAAUAUUGGAUAUUAUGAACACUGGAAUCAUAUAGUUUUUAUGUAUUAUUAUUGUCAUCCAGGUCCAGGAGCCCAUAGAUGAUGAUGAAUAUGAAGUCUGCAAUCCAGAUGAAAGUAUGUAUUCAUCCAUAUUACCACCAUCAGCCAAAUGACUAAACGUUCAAACAAUAAUAUGCCAAUAACAAGUUCUAAAAGACUACAAACAACUAUUGUCAAAGAACAUUGUUCCAUAUCCUCCAAAUAUUUGAAGUACUGUACUGUAUUGGUAGUUACUUCACUUGGCUUCUUCCGCCAUCUAGUGGAUUGACAACAUUUGUAUUUAAUGCAAAACGGAACCAUCUCAUUCACUUUGCCAACACUACUCUGCUAUUUCCAUGAUUAUUUUAUUUAUUUAUCUUUUAUCUAACCAGAUAAGUCACAUUGAGAUUUACAUCUCUUUUUUCAAGUGAGCCCUGGCCAAGAACGCAGCAUACAUAUAAUGUACACUGCUCAAAAAAUUAAGGGAACACUUAAACAACACAAUGUAACUCCAAGUCAAUCACACUUCUGUGAAAUCAAACUGUCCACUUAGGAAGCAACACUGAUUGACAAUACAUUUCACAUGCUGUUGUGCAAAUGGUGGAAAUUAUAGGCAAUUAGCAAGACACCCCCAAUAAAGGACUGGUUUUGCAGGUGGUGACCACAGACCACUUCUCAGUUCCUAUGCUUCCUGGCUGAUGUUUUGGUCACUUUUGAAUGCUGGCGGUGUUUUCACUCUAGUGGUAGCAUGAGACGGAGUCUACAACCCACACAAGUGGCUCAGGUAGUGCAGCUCAUCCAGGAUGACACAUCAAUGCGAGCUGUGGCAAGAAGGUUUGCUGUGUCUGUCAGCGUAGUGUCCAGAGCAUGGAGGCGCUACCAGGAGACAGGCCAGUACAUCAGGAGACGUGGAGGAGGCCGUAGGAGGGCAACAACCCAGCAGCAGGACUGCUACCUCCGCCUUUGUGCAAGGAGGAGCAGGAGGAGCACUACCAGAGCCCUGCAAAAUGACCUCCAGCAGGCCACAAAUGUGCAUGUGUCUGCUCAAACGGUCAGAAACAGACUCCAUGAGGGUGGUAUGAGGGCCCGACGUCCACAGGUGGGGGUUGUGCUUUCAGCCCAACACCAUGCAGGACGUUUGGCAUUUGCCAGAGAACACCAAGAUUGGCAAAUUCGCCACUGGCGCCCUGUGCUCUUCACAGAUGAAAGCAGGUUCACACUGAGCACAUGUGACAGACGUGACAGUCUGGAGACGCUGUGGAGAAUGUUCUGCUGCCUGCAACAUCCUCCAGCAUGACCGGUUUGGCGGUGGGUCAGUCAUGGUGUGGGGUGGCAUUUCUUUGGGGGGCCGCACAGCCCUCCAUGUGCUCACCAGAGGUAGCCAGACUGCCAUUAGGUACCGAGAUGAGAUCCUCAGACCCCUUGGGAGACCAUAUGCUGGUGCGGUUGGCCCUGGGUUCCUCCUAAUGCAAGACAAUGCUAGAACUCAUGUGGCUGGAGUGUGUCAGCAGUUCCUGCAAGAGGAAGGCAUUGAUGCUAUGGACUGGCCCGCCCGUUCCCCAGACCUGAAUCCAAUUGAGCACAUCUGGGACAUCAUGUCUCGCUCCAUCCACCAACGCCACGUUGCACCACAGACUGUCCAGGAGUUGGCGGAUGCUUUAGUCCAGGUCUGGGAGGAGAUCCUUCAGGAGACCAUCCGCCACCUCAUCAGGAGCAUGCCCAGGCGUUGUAGGGAGGUCAUACAGGCAUGUGGAGGCCACACACACUACUGAGCCUCAUUUUGACUUGUUUUAAGGACAUUACAUCAAAGUUGGAUCAGCCUGUAGUGUGGGUUUCCACUUUAAUUUUGAGGGUGACUCCAAAUCCAGACCUCCAUGGGUUGAUACAUUUGAUUUCCAUUGAUCAUUUUUGUGUGAUUUUGUUGUCAGCACAUUCAACUAUGUAAAGAAAAAAGUAUUUAAUAAGAUUAUUUCAUUCAUUCAGUUCUAGGAUGUGUUAGUUUAGUGUUCCCUUUAUUUUUUUGAGCAGUGUAGGUACACAUACAUGAGACACAACACAACAUACAUAACAAUGAAUGGAAGUUAAAACAGUGCAAAGAGCAUAAAAUAUCUUAAAAGAGCAUUGUGUUACUUAAGAGAACUCCCCAGUGUAAGACACUAUGAGUAUGUGUGCACAUUUUGUAUGUCAUCUGUUCUUCUAGGUGGCAGUACAAAGUCUGGUGAGAAGCCCCUGCCUGCGUUUCCCAAACCAAUGCCCAGAGAGACGUACGUGUCACUCACUAAAAUCAUAUAUCAUUUAUUUUCUGUUAAUUGCGGGCCGCUCGUUCAGUUAAGAGUGCCGGAAAGGUCUGGUUCCAGGUAUUACUUAACUCACUUAAACCUCUCUAUUUUAGGAAGCCAUUGAAGCCAUCUUUUAGGCCGGUAGGAAAUCUCUAAAAGAUCCUUUGGAGAAAAAAACCAGUGAAAUUCAAAAUUAUAUGGGAAAUGGUGUAGAAUUAUAAUGUUUUGUCUUUUUUCAGAGGCAAGAUAUUGCAUCCAGGGAAAAUGAAGGUAACUAUUCCUAAACUAUUAGAGUGCUCAAUUGGAUCAAAGCUUCAUUUGUUUUAAUUUGUUGUUCAAAGAUUUAAUGAAUUUACCUAAGUUAUAAAGUUUUACAUAUUUUAUGCAGUCAUCCACUUGCAUAAUAUUAGGCUACUGUAACACACACUCUUGCUAUGUCGACAGGCCCAGCAUUGGCCAUGAGGCACAGUACCCAGAAACCCACGACCACACCCCAGCCCUCUGAAUACAAACGUGCCAAGUAAGAAACAUCAUGACCUCAUUAGAAGUCACUAUUUUGCACGCACAUAUCUCUUUCCAGCCUGGUCCCAGAUCUGUUUGCAAGACAGCACAAACUGACCUGGGAAAAGGCCAAUAUCAAUUAUCUUGGAAUGACAGAAUGCUGUUUGUAACCACAGCACUGUACGUUUCCUCAAACCUCAGUGUCCUGGCAAAUUACAGUAUAUUCUUGUUUUCUCUACUGCAGGAUUCCUCGGCCACAGAUGUUUACCUCUCACAGUAAGUACUGGUCUGAGAGACUUGUGUCCAUAGCUGUGGGAAGUACCGGUGCUAAGCAUGCUGCAGCACCCCCCUGAAUAUACAAAAAAAUGUAUAUACAGCACCAGUCAAAAGUUUGGACACACCUACUCAUUCAAGGGUUUAUCUUUAUUUUUACUAUUUUCUACAUUGUAGAAUAAUAGUGAAGACAUCAAAACUAUGAAAUAACACAUAUGGUAUCAUGUAGUAACCAAAAAAGUGUUAAACAAAUAUAUUUUAUAUUUGAGAUUCUUCAAAGUAGCCACCCUUUGCCUUGAUGACAGCUUUGCACACUCUUGGCAUUCUCUCAACCAGCUUCAUGAGGAAUGCUUUUCCAAAAGUCUUGAAGGAGUUCCCACAUAUGCUGAGCACUUGUUGGCUGCUUUUCCUUCACUCUGCAGUCCAACUCAUCCCAAACCAUCUCAAUUUGGUUGAGGUCGGGUGAUUGUGGAGGCCAGGUCAUCUGAUGCAGCACUCCAUCCCUCUCCUUGGUCAAAUAGCCCUUACACAGCCUGGAGGUGUGUUUUGGGUCAUUGUCCUGUUGAAAAACAAAUGAUAGUCCCACUAAGCGCAAACCAGAUGGGAUGGCAUAUCGCUGCAGAAUGCUGUGGUAGCCAUGCUGGUUAAGUGUGAUUUGAAUUCUAAAUAAAUUGCUGACAGUAUAACCAGCAAAGCACCCCCACACCAUCGUACCUCCUCCUCCAUGCUUCACGGUGGGAACCACACAUGCGGAGAUCAUCCAAUCACCUACUCUGCGUUUCACAAAAACACGGCGGUUGGAACCAAAAAUCUCAAAUUUGGACUCAUCAGACCAAAAGACAGAUUUCCACCGGUCAAAUAUACAUUGCUCGUGUUUCUUGGCCCAAGCAAGUCUCUUCUUCUUUUGGUGUCCUUUAGUAGUGGUUUAUUUGCAGCAAUUCGACCAUGAAGGCCUGAUUCACGCGGUCCCCUCUGAACAGUUGAUGUUGAGAUGUGUCUGUUACUUGAACUCCGUAAAGCAUUUAUUUGGGCUGCAAUCUGAGGUGCAGUUAACUCUAAUGAACUUAUCCUCUGCAGCAGAGGUAACUCUGGGUCUUCCAUUCCUGUGGCGGUCCUCAUGAGAGCCAGUUUCAUCAUAACGCUUGAUGGUUUUUGCGACUGCACUUCAAGAAACUUUAAAAGUUCUUGAAAUAUUCCGGAUUGACUGACCUUCAUGUCUUAAAGUAAUGAUGGACUGUCAUUUCUCUUUGCUUAUUUGAGCUGUUCUUACAAUAAUAUGGACUUGGUCUUUUACCAAAUAGGGCUAUCUUCUGUAUACCACCCCUUCCUUGUCACAUCACAACUUAUUGGCUCAAACGCAUUAAGAAGGAAAGAAAUUCCACAAAUUAACUUUUAACAAGGCACACCUGUAAAUUGAAAUGCAUUCCAGGUGACUACCUCAUGAAGCUGGUUGAGAGAAUGCCAUGAGUGUGCAAAGCUGUCAUCAAAGGAAAGGGUGGCUACUUUGAAGAAUCUCAAAUAUAAAAUAUUUUUUGUUUUGUUUAACACUUUUUUGGUUACUACAUGAUUCCAGAUGUGUUAUUUCAUAGUUUUACAUUUACAUUACAUUUUAGUCAUUUAGCAGACGCUCUUAUCCAGAGCGACUUACAGGAGCAAUUAGGGUUAAGUGCCUUGCUCAAGGGCACAUCGACAGAUUUUUCACCUAGUCGGCUCGGGGAUUAGAACCAGCGACCUUUCGGUUACUGGCACAACGCUCUUACCCACUAAGCUACCUGCCGUUUUGAUGUCUUCACUAUUAUUCUACAGUGUAGAAAAUAGUAAAAAUUAAGAUAAACCCUGGAAUGAGUAGGUGUGUCCAUAGAUUAAUAAAAAAAAUCUAAAAUAAUUUGAAAACAAUAUUUUUUCACAAAAGUAGUGCACUGGGCCUUUACUAAUCCUGUGUUAGCGGACAGAUAUAGCCGAUAUAGCCCCAAAUGAUUAUUUAACUUUAUAAUUUUUCCCUUCACUGUUUUCUCAUUCUCAGAACCAGACAGAGGAACUGUACCCACAGCUGAAAACAGGUUAACGGAUGCUGAAGAGGUGAUAAAUACCUGACCUGAAUUUCACAAUUUUAUGUACUAUAUAACAUACAAUGAUAUAGCUCAAAAUACUGGUUAUCACAUACACAAUGCAUGGAUGAAUACACUAUUAAGUUUGUGGAGACCGCAAAGGCUGUAUUUUCAGAGCCACAUGGACUUGACUUUAAACCCACUUUCUUGUUGCUGUAUUUUUGUUGUUGUUAUUAGGGGGCAGAUGUCUUCAAGAAACCCUGGUAUGCCAGCACCUGUGACCGUAAGACAGCUGAGGAGGCUUUGAUCCGCUCAAAUAAGGCGAGUCUCACUCACAUGAUUACCGACAAAUAAACAUACUCUUAUUAUUACAUAGUCUUAAGACAGUGGUUCCCAAACUGUGGGGUGGGUCGGCGGGGGGGGGGUCCCCCCUUCCCUUUUUGGAACUCAUUCCGGCUUUCAACUUGCUCUUGAAAGUUGUAAUAGUAGAAUGCACAAGGUGCAAGUUCGAAAUUGGGUAGUGCAUCAUAAGUUUUCCUGUUGUCAUGUCAAUCAAUGCAUACCUUAGAGAGCUAUUUAUAACUUGUCAGAAAUGUCCAUAUCAACUAGCCCAUGUCAGCUAAUGUUUUUUAGCUAAGUUUGUUAGCCCUUAGAUUUUGUUGUAAUGUUUGAGUCACUCAAAUAUCAAAUAAAAUACAAUUAUUGGUCGCAUACUUAGCAGAUGUUAUUGCGGGUGUAGCAAAAUGCUUGUGUUCCUAGCUCCAACAGUGCAGUAAUAUCUAACAGUACACACAAAUCUAAAAAGUAAAAUAAUGGAAUUAAGAAAUAUAGAAAUAGUAGGACGAGCAAUGUCGGAGUCCAGAGUAUAUACGUGCAUUCUGAAAGUAUUCAGACCCCUUGACUUACGUUACAGCCUUAUUCUAAAAUGGAUUUAAAAAAUAAUAAUUCCUCAUCAAUCUACACACAAUACCCCAUAAUGACAAAGCAAAAACAAGUUUUUAGAUAUCUUUGCAAAUGUAUUAAAAAUAAAACACUGAAAUAUAACAUUUACAUAAGUAUUCAGACCCUUUACUCAGUACUUUGUUGAAGCAGCUUUGGCAGCGAUUACAGCCUCGAGUCUUCUUGGGAAUGACGCUACAUGCAGUUUGGCACAACUGUAUUUGGGGAGUUUCUCCCAUUCUUCUCUCUCAAGUUCUGUGAGGUUGGAUCGGGAGCAUUCGCUGCACAGCUAUUCUCAGGGCUCUCCAGAGAUGUUCGAUCGGGUUCAAGUCCGGGCUCUGGCUGGGCCACUCAAGGACAUUCAGAGACUUGUCCUGAAGUCACUCCUGUGUUGUCUUGGCUGUGUGCUUAGGGUCAUUGUCCUGUUGGAAGGUGGACCUUCGCCCCAGUCUGAGAUCUUGAGUGCUCUGGAGCAGGUUUUCAUCAAGGUUCUCUUUGUAUUUUGCUCCGCUCAUCUUUCCCUCGAUCCUGCCUAGUCUCCCAGUCCAUGCAGCUGAAAAACAUAUCCACAGCAUGAUGCUGCCACCAUCAUGCUUCACCGUAGAGAUGGUUCCAGGUUUCCUCCAGACGUGACGCUUGGCAUUCAGGCCAAAGAGUUCAAUCUUGGUUUCAUCAGACCAGAGAAUCUUGUUUCUCAUGGUUUGAGAGUCCUUUAGGUGCCUUUGGCAAACUCCAAGCGGGCUGUCAUGUGCCUUUUACUGAGGAGUGGCUUCUGUCUGGCCACUCUACCAUAAAGGCCUGAUUGGUGGAGUGCUGCAGAGAUGGUUGUCCUUCUGGAAGGUUCCCCUAUCUUCACAGAGGAACUCUGAAGCUCUGUCAGAGUGACCUUAGGGUUUUUGGUCACCUCCCUGACCAAGGCCCUUCUCCCCCGAUUGCUCAGUUUGGCCAGGCGGCCAGCUCUAGGAAGAGUCUUGCUGCAGAAAUGUUUUGGUACCCUUCCCCAGAUCUGUGCUUCGAAACGUUCCUGUCUCGGAGCUCUACAGACAAUUCCUUCGACCUCAUGGCUUGGUUUUUGCUCUGACAUGCACUGUCAACUGUGGGACCUUAUAUAGACAGGUGUGUGCCUUGCCAAAUCGUGUCCAAUCAGUUGAAUUUACCACAGGUGGACUCCAAGUUGUAGAAACAUCUUAAGGAUGAUCAACGGAAACAGGAUGCUCAAUUUCGAGUCUCAUAGCAAAGGGUCUGAAUACUUAUAUAAAUAAGGUAUUUCUGUUUUUUGUUUUUAAUACAUUUGCAAAAAAUUCUAAAAGCCUGUUUUCACUCAUUAUGGAGUAUUGUAUGCAACUUGAUGAGGAUUUAAUUUUUUAAUCCAUUUUAGAAUAAGGCUGAAACAUAACAAAAUGUGGAAAAAGUCAAGGGGUCUGAAUGCACUGAAUGCACUGUAUAUAUACCAUAUAUAUAUAUACACCAUAUAUAUAUAUAUAUAUAUAUAUAUAUAUAUAUAUAUAUAUAUAUAUAUAUAUAUAUAUAUAUAUACACAGUGGGGAAAAAAGUAUUUAGUCAGCCACCAAUUGCGCAAGUUCUCCCACUUAAAAAGAUGAGAGAGGCCUGUAAUUUUCAUCAUAGGUACACGUCAACUAUGACAGACAGAAUUAGAAAAAAAAAUCCUGAAAAUCACAUUGUAGGAUUUUUAAUGAAUUUAUUUGCAAAUAAUGGUGAAAAAUAAGUAUUUGGUCAAUAACAAAAGUUUCUCAAUACUUUGUUAUAUACCCUUUGUUGGCAAUGACACAGGUCAAACGUUUUCUGUAAUUCUUCACGAGGUUUUCACACACUGUUGCUGUUAUUUUGGCCCAUUCCUCCAUGCAGAUCUCCUCUAGAGCAGUGAUGUUUUGGGGCUGUCGCUGGGCAACACGGACUUUCAACUCCCUCCAAAGAUUUUCUAUGGGGUUGAGAUCAGGAGACUGGCUAGGCCACUCCAGGACCUUGAAAUGCUUCUUACGAAGCCACUCCUUCGUUGCCCGGGCGGUGUGUUUGGGAUCAUUGUCAUGCUGAAAGACCCAGCCACGUUUCAUCUUCAAUGCCCUUGCUGAUGGAAGGAGGUUUUCACUCAAAAUCUCACGAUACAUGGCCCCAUUCAUUCUUUCCUUUACACGGAUCAGUCGUCCUGGUCCCUUUGCAGAAAAACAGCCCCAAAGCAUGAUGUUUCCACCCCCAUGCUUCACAGUAGGUAUGGUGUUCUUUGGAUGCAACUCAGCAUUCUUUGUCCUCCAAACACGACGAGUUGAGUUUUUACCAAAAAGUUCUAUUUUGGUUUCAUCUGACCAUAUGACAUUCUCCCAAUCCUCUUCUGGAUCAUCCAAAUGCACUCUAGCAAACUUCAGACGGGCCUGGACAUGUACUGGCUUAAGCAGGGGGACACGUCUGGCACUGCAGGAUUUGAGUCCCUGGCGGCGUAGUGUGUUACUGAUGGUAGGCUUUGUUACUUUGGUCCCAGCUCUCUGCAGGUCAUUCACUAGGUCCCCCCGUGUGGUUCUGGGAUUUUUGCUCACCGUUCUUGUGAUCAUUUUGACCCCACGGGGUGAGAUCUAGCAUGGAGCCCCAGAUCGAGGGAGAUUAUCAGUGGUCUUGUAUGUCUUCCAUUUCCUAAUAAUUGCUCCCACAGUUGAUUUCUUCAAACCAAGCUGCUUACCUAUUGCAGAUUCAGUCUUCCCAGCCUGGUGCAGGUCUACAAUUUUGUUUCUGGUGUCCUUUGACAGCUCUUUGGUCUUGGCCAUAGUGGAGUUUGGAGUGUGACUGUUUGAGGUUGUGGACAGGUGUCUUUUAUACUGAUAACAAGUUCAAACAGGUGCCAUUAAUACAGGUAACGAGUGGAGG